AUGCGCGUAUUAACAAAUGUUGAUCAGAAACGUCUAAAAACUUUAACUGAAAGUUUACCAAAACAAUAUAUAACAACAUUAGAACGUUUUCGUGAAGUACAAAAUAUUGCUUUACGAAAAGAAAAAGAAAGUUUUAAUCGUUCAAAUACAAUUCCAUUUCACCAACAAGGUAUAUCGAAUCCAUUAUUUGCUAAUGAUUUCAUUUCAACACCGAUAUCUUAUCAACAUCAACAACAAACUGAAAUGAAAGCAUUAACACAACGUGCCGAACAAAUAGGCGAUCUUGAGACACUGAUGGUUGAAGUCAGUGAAUUGAUCAAGGACAUGGCUCAACUUGUUAGCGAACACGGUGUUAUUAUUGAGACCAUUGAAGAUCAUGUUCUAGAAGCCGAGAAGCAAACGCAUCAAGCCGCUGAUGAUGUUGGAAGGGCUCGCGAAUAUCAGGUAUUAUAUUUCUUAAUAUUUAUUGCUUCUAAAUGCUAA